AUGUCUUAUUCACUCGGUUUUUCAACACCAAAAUCAUCAGAUGGAACGUCCAUCGGAGAGUAUGGCCUCAUUUCAACACCAAAUAAUCUGUGCCAACUUAUAAGUCUUUACGAGAAUUUCCAUCAAUUGUCAAACAUUCCCAACUGUUCACUGACUAAUUUGAAAUUUCAAAGUCCAAAGACUAACAUUCAGUUGAAUAGCGACAGUGGUUAUAAAAGUUUUGAAAUUACUAAGAAAGAGCACACAUCUAAAUUGAAAUUUUCAAUUGACUCUAUUCUAUCAGAAUCAACCCCAUCAACAGCAUCAUUAUCAUCAACAUCAUCUCCAGCAUUGUUGCUGAAAUGUUUUGAUCCUGGUAGUAUAUUACAAAACAAUGAAAAUGUCUUUCCAUUCCCUGUAACCACGAACACUACACCUGUAGGUCGUCAUUACCAUCACCAUAAUCAAUUACAACAACAACAACAACGACAACAUUCUCCGUAUAACUUCCAGAUAAAAACUGAAAAUGACUAUUUGCCAAAUUAUGAACAAUCAUCUCCGAUUGAUUUAUCUGUUUUCAAUUGUAAACGACAAGUGAAUAGACCAGCGAGGAAUGUUACAAAAACAGGUGAACAGUAUAACUGUCGAUACUGUGGAAAGGCGUAUUCAGUGAAGUCGUCAAUAAGGUUACAUGAGGCUACACAUACUCUACCGUUUUACUGUCAGGACUGUGGUAAACGUUUUUCCCGUCCAUGGCUCCGUGACAUUCACCGAAGAACUCAUACAGGCGAAAAACCAUAUGAAUGCACAAUUUGUGGGCGACGUUUUGCUGAUCGUUCAAAUAUGCGCGCACACCAACGUGUUCAUCAGGAACGAGAGUAA